AUGUCGGCUCUCUUUCUUUUUCUUUCUCUCACAAUUCACCCUCAGUUUGUACCUUUGGGUGCCACGAUCACUCUGACUUGCCUAGCCUCAACGCGAGCAACGGAACACCGUCAUACCUUUGUCUGCUUGCCAGUCAAUGGCCUUUUAUUUGUCCUUGAGUACUUUCUACAUCAUUUUUACACACCAUCCACACUUCGCCCACCUGGUGGCGUCUUGAAUCCCACGCCCCGCCUCCCCCACCUGCUCGACGGGAGUUUGUCGUCCGAUUUCGGCCUUCAACUGACCGAGGCCUGUUGUUGCUUGCCACCACUUGGCGUCCCACCUCCCAUACCCACCAUUUGGGGUGUCGCGGGCCUCAAGCCCUCCGGAACGGUGGAGUUCGGGUCUUGGGUCUACCGCUUCUGGUUGGCUGUAAUGCUCCGGUGUGUUUGCCCAGCCCGACGGCCAACUUGCACUAUUUGGCUGGCGAUAACGCAGACUCAUGUUCGCUGUGCUAAAAUAGUGCUUCAUCUUGGCACAAUCGACCACCACUUCGUUGCUUUGCGUCGGAUAGCUUUCAAGUGCCGUAUGGGCGAUGCCUGGUGCUGGACAAUUCUGGCUUUUUUGUCUCUUGCUGCAUCCUUCGUGCUACUUCGCUUGCCCCAUCAGGUGCCGCGACUUCAAGUCCCAUCACAGUGCGCUAGCGCUGCGCCCUCGAUUCCACCAGCCUGGCUGGGCAGCUCGGAGGUUAGGCCCUCUCCUACGCUGAUCAGAUCCACAGGCCACCCUCUUGCGCCACCCAACUUAGGCUACUCUGGCUGUCCUUCCACUGUU